CUGCUUUUGGAACAAAUAACCGUCUUCCCCUUCCUCAGCCAGGCAGCCGCCGUAGUCAUGGUUGAGAAGAAACGGAAAUUUAGAGGCGGUAGGGGUGGUGGCGAGUCCAAAAGCAAGAAAAAGUUUAGAAGCCAUGGUAACUCUAAAGCCAAUGGAAGGAAGAGGACUGGUCCUCGCUUGCCUUUUUCUCUGCGAAAGGAACUCGAUCGUAUAAACCAUAGAAACUCUCCAAACAGCGACGACGAUAUCAAUUCGGAUGAAGGCGAUGACGUUUAUGAGUAUGAGGAAGGGGUGCCGGAGGAAGAGUCGAGGAAGAAUCGCCGGUAUGACCCAGUGGAGAAUUAUGAAUACGAGCUGCCUGAGCAAUUUAAGGAUGAAAAUGUGCCAUCUGAUGAUGACGAUGACUAUGGUGGUGGCGAUGGUAGGGGUGAAGGUUCAGACCACCUUAGUGAUGGGGUUGAAGAGGAAGAUGAAGAAAAGCACGCAAGGAUGCUACAAGGGAUCACUGGAAUGCCAAGGGAAGCAUUCGGAGGCAAGAAGAAGAAAAAUAACAUUGUGAUAUCUGAGGCAUAUCCAGAGUCAGAAUAUAAUCCUAGUCGUGAUGUUCUGGAUGGUGAUGGCCGCAUCACAGUUCAAGAUCUUUUGGACCCUCUUCAAGGAAAAUCUGGGUUUAGCAAACUUAGGAAGAGAGUGCAGCAUGUUGAGGAGAAGUCUACAUCCAUUCAAGCUCCACUUCCAAAGCCAGAUCGAGAGAGGUUGGAGAGGAAAGCGGUUUAUGAACAAUCAAAGAAAGACAUCACCAAGUGGGAGCCUUUGAUAAAAAAGAAUAGAGAGGCACCUACUGUUUAUUUUGAUGAAGAUAUAGAUGUUGGGUUUUCAACAGUGGGGGCAAUAGCUUCUGAAUUUGAACCCCGAACUGAGUUUGAGAAGAAAAUUGCAUCAUUAGUUUAUGAUGACAAGAUCAUGGAAGCUCACAAGGCAGAUGGUUCCAAGCUUUUGGAGUUAAACAAGAUAUCUAUGGAAGAUUAUAUGAAGGAGAGGAAUCACAUCGCCAAAAUGCGUGGCCUUCUUUUCCAUCAUGAAAUGAAGAAAAAACUUAUAAAAAAGAUCAAAUCCAAAACAUAUCAUCGUUUGAUGAAGAGAGAUAAACUGAAAGCAGCAGAACAAAUGUUGAUGGAUCCAGAGACAGCCAAGGAGCAGGCAAGGAAGCAAGAGUUCAAACGGGCUGAGGAGCGAAUGACUCUAAAACAUAAAAAUAAAUCAAAGUGGGCUAGGCGCAUUUUGGACCGUGGUUUGAGUACCCAAGAUGAAGGUACUCGGGCAGCAAUGGCGGAACAGCUCAAUCAGCAUUCUCUUUUGACGAGAAAGAUGAACACCAUGAAGGACAGUAGCAGCAGUAGCAGUGAUAGCAGUAGUGAUGAGGAUGAUGACAACUCAGCUGACUCAGAUCGUGAUAGGAAAUCUGAAUUGCUAGCAAAAGCAAGAGAGAAGACGCUGAAAGUAUUAGAAGAAGGGGAUGAAGUGCCUAAGUCAGGAGUGUUGUCUUUACCUUUUAUGGUCCGGGGAUUGGAGAAAAGAAAGCAAGAAGCUUUAGAAGAAGCCAAGCUUGCUCUUCAGGACUACGAACAGUUAGAGGGUGCUGAUGGUACAGUCAAUUCAAAAUCAGGUGUUGUGAGUGGUAGAAGGGUCUUCGGUGGGGCCAAAAUUGGGGCUCUGGAAUUAAAUAAUAAGAUGAAAACUGAUAAUAAUGAGAUGAAAAUAGAUAAUUAUUAUGGAAAUGAAGAUAGUGAAGAUGAUUUGGGAGCCAAGGAAAAUUUUAAUGUCAGCACUGGAAUGAAAAGUGAUGCUAAGAAGAACGUUCAUGGUGAUUAUGGUGUUGAAGAUGCCAAGAAUAAUCAGAAUUCUGUAUUCAAGAAUUUUGAGGAUAUUGUUAAAGACCCAGGCCCAAAGACAACAUAUGAUGUUGCUAUUUUUGCUUCAGGCACAUGGAAAAAGAUGAAUAGUGGAAAUGAAGUAGAUACUGAUAUGAAGAAAUCCCCAAAAAUUGCUGACCGUGUUACACAUGAUCAAGACUUACAGAAGGAAGUAGGAAAGGAAAGUGAUUCGGAUAGUGAGGGACAAAUGGUGGAUGGGAUUUUGUCGUCUGGUGCCAAAGAUUCUUAUGAGCUUCCUUCGCAAGCAGAGUUGAUUCGACAUGCUUUUGCUGGGGAUGAUGUGGAGGAAGAAUUUGAGAAGGAUAAACAGGAGAUUUUGAACGAGGAAAACCCCGAACCUGAGAAGCCUGUUUUUCUCCCAGGUUGGGGCCAAUGGACUCACAUACAGCAAAAGAGAGGUUUACCUUCAUGGAUGCUUAAAGAGCAUGAUGAUGCAAAACGAAAAAGGGAAGAGGCUCUCAAGAAGAGAAAAGAUGCUCAUCUCAAACAUGUCAUUAUCUCUGAGAAGUUGGAUAAAAAGGCAGAGAAACUGCAAACAAAAACUUUGCCAUACCCUUUCACAUCUAAGGAAGUUUUUGAGCAAAGCAUGCGCAUGCCAAUUGGACCUGAAUUCAACCCGGUAUCAGCAAUUGGAGCUCUUAAUCGGCCUGAAGUGGUGAAAAGAUCUGGUGUAAUCAUAAAGCCAAUCAAGUUUGAGGAAAUAAAUCAGCAAGAAAAAUCUGGGAAUCAUACUCGGAGUGGACAAAAACAUAGGAAUAAUAAGAAGAGUAAAGGCGCUGCUGGGAAAAUGAAGAAAUGAUAACACCAGACCAAAUCAACACUGCAAUUUCUGCGGAGUAUGAUAUGAAGAAGCUUGUUUUUAUUUCCGGAAGAUCACUUUUUAUAGAGCAUGAAGAGCUUUUUGUUACUUUGUAAUCAGAAUAGUUGUAAAGUGUGAGGUAAUUUGACGCAGGCGGCAAAGCAACAAUUUUAGAAGUUUUGAUUUUUCUUUUCUGAUACUGACAAGUUUUGAUAUUAGUCAUGCUACAUUGGCAUGUAGAACCUUAUUUUAUCAACCCCUGUUUAUAAAGGGUAUUUUUGUUC